AUGUUACUCGCCUCAGCCGCACGAACAGUGUCCGCCGCCCCAGGAUUGGGCCGUCGCGCUGCCUCUGCCAUCGCCCCCAAAUACUCCAAGGCUGUCUUCGGUGCUGCCCUCGCCAAAUCCCCUGCAACCCUCACCAAAGUCCACGCCGACCUCGCUGCCUUCUCCGCCGCCCUCAAGAAGGAUGCUGAAGUUGCCAACUUUGUGAACAACCCCACAUUGUCUUCGCAGGAACGCGCCAAGGGCCUCCAGGCUGUCUUCUCCAAACUCGAGGGCGCUGGCGCGAAGAAGGAUGCCUUCUCCGAUAUUUCUAAGAAUCUGCUCACUGUGUUGUCGGAGAAUGGAAGGCUGGUUGAGACCGAGAGUGUCAUUGAGGGAUUCAACGAGCUCUUUGCUGAGUACAAGGGCGAGCUGACCGUCACCGUCACGUCUGCCACUCCUUUGCCAAAGGAUGUCCUCAACCGUCUCGAGACGUCUUUGAAGCAGUCGCAAACCGCCCAGGCUGCCAAGGUUCUCAAGAUCACCAACAAGGUCAACCCUAGUAUUCUUGGAGGACUGAUUGUUGACUUCGGUGACAAGACCGUUGACUUGAGCGUUCAAUCCCGUGUCACCAAGCUCAACAAUGUCCUGACACAAGGAAGUCUUGCUCCCGAAAGAGCUUGCGAUGACAAUUUAGAAAUUGUUCGCUGGGAUUCAUGGCAAACGGUUGCAGACGAAAUAUCUUGGUAUGUAUCUUCUCUAAACUUCCCGCCUGAGCACUUCGCUUCGCAUUCGUUCCAAACCCAACCCGAGCCUUCAUUCCAGUGGGUCGAAACCCCGCGGAAUACAUAUUACUCUGGGCUAUCUGGCGCCAACCCUGCAACUCGUUAUUGCACGGCUUUUACACAAAUCCACCGGUCUCAUGAGCUCGCGAAGCGCACAUAA